UGCGAAUCCGCACUAGCGCCAUCAUUUGUUUUCAUAGUUCAUCUAACUUAUUACCAUCUUUACGAUUAAGGAGUUAUUAGGAUGUCCUAGAAAAAUCAAAAACAAAUACUUAAAAGUAAUAAUAAUUAAAUUGGUUUAAAAUAGGAAAAAAACUGUAUCAUAAGUUUGGUGGGUAAUAUUUUUGACUAAGUAUUUUGUAUGUACUGUAUAAAUAAUUUUAAAAGAAGAGUGGACUCCUCCUCUCCCCUAAACUAGAAUAUUACCUUAGUGAUACAUGUGCCUCAAAUGUCGUCGGACACAUGCAAGUUUUGUUAUGACGAUUUCCUUCACCGCCGUGCACGGUUUUAUACUCUUCACAAUUAUAAAGUGCUAUUAAAAAUAAAAUGUUACAUUUAAUUGUCACGUUUUGCGAUUAAUAUUAAAUAUUUUCAUGUAUCGUGUGAUAAGAAGAUUUACUAUAAGAAUUCUAUUGUGUACUGUAUAGAGUCUACACAUUCUGUGGAUUCAUGUUUUAUCACAAUAAGUUUUCGCCCGCGAGCCUUAACUUAAAAUUGCCGUGCGCUAUCAAUCGUGACAGAGAACGCGGCGCACGCGCACACAGUUUCGUGUUGCGUUAGUUAAAAAAGAGUGUAUACACAAAUACAUAUAUUGUUUUUGAAUUAAUAUAAAAUAUCAAAAAAUAAACAUUUCAUUAUAAUUUUAUGAAGUUAUGCGAACACAGUGAGUUUUAAAAUAUAAAAAUAACGAACUGUAAAGUUACGACGAUGGAGAAAAAAAUGCAAUUUGACACGGAUGCACUGAUGAGGGAACUGGGGCAGUUCCGACGGUUCCACGUCGUCAACUAUUUGUUGCUGGCACUCGUGCCCUACGUGCUGGCUCACUACGCCGUCAACUUCGUGUUCAUAGCGGCUGAUGUGCCGUACAGAUGCGUGGUGCCGGAAUGUGAAGCGGUGAACAGUACUGAAUACAAUCCCCCUUGGUUGGAGAGCGCGCUGCCGGAGAGCACCAGAGAUCGGCGGUGCUUCAUCAAAACACCCCUUGACGCUGGGCCCUGCGCGCCCGGGAACUUCUCCGAUGAACUCAGAUCUUGCGACCAUUGGCUUUAUGCUUCGAAAGAUACAAUCGUCGCUGAGUUCAACCUGGCUUGUCAGGACUGGAAGCGUACGCUGGUGGGGACCAUCCACAACAUCGGGAUGCUCGUCUCGCUUCCCAUCCUGGGUUACAUAUCGGAUCGUUGGGGCCGGAAGCGAGCUCUAAUAUUGAGCUGUACUUUAGUCGGCGCUAUCGGCUCACUGAAGGCGUUCUCGUUAUCCUAUGAGAUGUACGUCAUUGUGGAGUUCCUUGAAACUGUUGCUGGAGCGAGUGCCUUCCCUGCUGCAUAUAUCCUUACCAUCGAACUACUCGGUCAAGACAAGCGCGUGCUGACGACGGCGUUCCUCGGGAUCAUGCUGGUUAUUGGAGGCUUAAGUUUUGCUCUCUUAGCUAAAGCCUUUCCCUACUGGCGGACCUUUAUCCUUGUAGUAUAUCCGCCAUCACUGCUGUUCCUGUCUUACAUAUAUUUUCUGCCCGAAAGCAUUCGAUGGCUUUUAUCAAAGGGACGCAAAGAAGAAGCUUUUGUUAUCAUAGAGAAGGCAGCAAAGAUGAACAACGUUACCUUAUCAGACGAAACGAUAAGACAGCUGACGAUCGUUGACCAGAAAGUUAAGAUCGAUGGUAAGAAUGAACAAGAAGAGGAAGGGCUGUGGAUGCAAGUUCUGCGAUCACCGAUUAUAAUGACGAGAUUGGCUAUAUGUUCCUGGUGGUGGAUAACUUGCACGUUCGUGUUCUAUGGACUCGCCAUCAACUCCGUGUCUUUGGCUGGUGAUAAAUACACCAACUAUAUGUUGGUGGUGAGUGUGGAGGUGAUCGCCGUCGUCACUAAUGCAUUGGUGUUGGAUCGCAUUGGAAGAAAGAGGACGUUACUGAUCGCGUACGUCGUCUGCGGUAUCUCCUGUACGGCGAUAGCAUUCGUACCCCAAAGUAUGUCCUGGCUCGCGACGCUAUUGUACCUGGUGGGAAAGAUUGCUAUCACACAGGCGUUUAGUGGUAUAUACAUGUACACGUCGGAGUUGUUUCCAACGCAUGCGCGCCACUCGAUGCUCGGAUUCUGCUCAAUGGUCGGCCGCCUUGGUUCCAUCGUGGCGCCACAGAUGCCGCUACUUGCUAUCUAUAUCGAAUGGUUGCCUUCGGUUCUGUUUGGCGCGACGGCGCUGGUGGCGGGCGGACUAAUGCUGACCACUCCGGAAACUCUGAACACGAGGUUGCCUGACACAAUCCGUGAAGCGGAGCAUAUUGCGUCACAACCUCAAAGUAUAAAACGUGACAAGGAUAACACACAGACCAACGCGGCUGGUGCACAAGUCACUUCACGGUUUUAAUGGAUACAAAAACCUUAGUUUAAGUUAAAAAACUUAAGUAAUAAGAAAUAAAUUGGUUCCAAUGAGAGCUUUGAAUAGUCGAAUACUUUAAUAAUAUUCCACAUCAAAUUUGUAUAAUGAUCUUUGGACCCACUCUGUAGCAACAAACUCGAAACUCCAUUAAGAACACGAGAAAUUUCCAAACGUAAUAAACACAAUUAAUAAUAUUUAAAGGCCACCCGCAUAAAAUUGCGUGACACACCUUUCAAUGUGAGUUGGGUUUCAAGGCAGUCGAUAUUUUACGAGAGGUCCUAAUUGAUUUCAACGAAAAACUUGAAUCAACAAAACUUCAAGGCGGCUCACUCACUAUUGAAUCGAUUUUCGAUUGUAAAUCUGUCGUCGAUUCGAAAAGUUUUCUACAAACAAUUUGUUGACUAAAAUUGAUUCGGCAAAAUGUCAGCUUGAUAAUGAUAGAUGUGAUAACUACUAAGACUCGAUCAGUCAAAAUUAAGAUAAAAUGAACUUGCCACGUUAUGCUGGAAACCCAGUUACAAAAAUAGGUUAAUGUGAAAUCUGAAAAUAGUAAAGUUCAGAAUUAGACGUAUCUAACAACGGCGACGCAAUUGUGAAUAUUUUUUAUUAUUUUUGUUUUAUUUGUUUAUGAAGUAAUAUAAAAUAAGUGAUUAUUUCCAAACACAAUGAUACGAUAAGUUAGAAUAUUAUUUAAUUAUAUAAUUAAGAUUAUUUGUUAAGUAAAAAGCAAUAUCGAAUGUGAUAUUUAUUUAAAAAUGUAUUUAAAAUUAUAUUUUAGUUCCAUGU